AUGAAUACACUACGUGGGACAAUAUGCCUCUGGCUCUGCUUGAUGUAUGCUGGUGUGGAAUGUUGGCCCAAAGUUCGUCUAAGUUCAAGACAGGAAAAGGACGAAGGAACUCCUACUAUUACUAUAGAUUUUUAUAUAGAUGAAUCUCUCAAUGUGACUGAAAACAAGAUAAAGACAUAUUUGCAAACUGUCACUUGGCAGGCAAGAGAUGACCUCAGAAGUUAUUUUCUUGUCGAUGGGAUCAAUAUUCAAUAUCGAAUAAAAGACCUGGAUAAGGAGCCUAAUCUGAAGGCUGCAUUGAACCUUGAUAAAACUUAUCCCUAUAAAUACAUGGAUGGAGCAAUUGAUGCACUAUUGUCGUAUUUCGAGGAAAAGAACAAUCCUGACAUUAACAUCCUUCUAACAGGCAUUGAAUUGUACAAUGGAGAUGAUAUACGAAAGGGUUUGGGGUAUUCCAAGUACCAGACGCUGUGCCAAAGUGUGGUAGCUAUGUUGUUAGCAUACGCUCCCUACACGCCUUAUAGCGCAGGCAGAAUGUUGGCUGAACUGGUCAGAGACAGCGUGAACCCAGAUAAUGUACCCUAUGUGCACACCAGACGAUAUAAUUUUACAGCAAGAAUGGAGGAUUACCUAAGUACUUGUAACAACGGUACGAUGCCUCCUGGCGGUGAGGAACCGGUAACACCCCCUCAAGAAAAACCCACCGACAGUCCAGACCAUACAGAAGGUCCGCUACCGCCUGUUACGGCAGCGCCACCCGAAGAAACUCCCACCCCAGGACCACCUGCACCGGAAACACCUACACCACAACCACCUGCACCUACACCACCUACACCACAACCAACUGCACCGGAACCACCUUCUGUAUCACCAUCAGAACCAGGAGAGAAGCCCACUCCACCGCCAGAGCCAAGUACAACUACCGGGGUGCCAGAUUACUGCUAA